CAUGUGCCAGGUCACGUCGGGAUGUAUUAGACAAGCGAGUGCAUUACUUAACACCAGAUAUCUCGUGUUGUAACAGCAUUUUCAACACACCGGUAUCAGUAUUAGCUCCUUCUUGACGACCGUUAAAGUUUGAACGAUUACUAACCGAGAGAAGCAGCUUUCAGUAGGACGUGAAGAGCCUGUGAGCUAACAGUGACCGCAACUAAGUUUCAAUGGCAGUGUCAAAAUGUACUCGGCUCAGUGGGCCGUUGACUAAACAGGUCCUGGACUCUGUGGACAGUGUGCUGUUUGACUGCGACGGGGUGAUCUGGCGAGGAGAUCAACCCAUUCCUGGUGCCCCCGAGGUGGUCAACUUGCUGAAAAAAGCCGGCAAGCGUGUGUUCUUCGUCACUAAUAACAGCACAAAGACGCGCAAAAUGUACAUGGAAAAGUUGGACAAGCUGGGCUUCGAGGCCAGUGAGGACGAGGUGUUCGGGACAGCGUACUGUUCAGCUGUCUACCUCAAAACCGUGUGCAACCUCCAGGGAAAAGUGUACUUGAUUGGGAGCAAUGCGAUGAAGCAAGAGCUUGAGGCAAUGGGGAUCGAGCAGGUCGGUGUUGGACCAGAUCCAGUCUCUGGAGGGCAGAAAGAUUGGGCCGGUGUUCCUCUGGACCCCGAGGUCAAAGCCGUGCUGGUGGGUUUUGACGAACAUUUCAGUUACAUGAAGCUGAACAGAGCGUUACAGUAUCUGAGCAAUUCCGAGUGUCAGUUUGUGGGGACCAACACAGACUCCAGACUGCCUCUGGAGGGGGGGAAAGCAGUCCCAGGCACUGGUUGCCUUUUGAAGGCAGUGGAAACAGCAGCACAGCGUCAUGCCCAAGUGGUCGGAAAACCCAGCAGCUUCAUGUUCAAAUGUAUGGCUAGCAAGUUUAAGCUUGACCCAAGUAAAUGUCUUAUGGUUGGGGACAGACUAGACACAGACAUCAUGUUAGGUACCACCUGUGGUCUGAAGACUCUGCUGGCCCUGACUGGUGUCUCAACGGUAGCAGAUGCCGAGGAACACCAAAGAAGCGGAUGCCCCAAGCGCCAGGGAAUGGUGCCUGAUUAUUAUGUUGAUAGCAUUGCAGAGAUUUUACCAGCCCUCCAAGCAUAGCAGUGAAUACUGACCAGGAUGUAAUAUGUAUUCUGUAGGUUCAGAACAAAGGGAAGUUUUUAUUACUGCUCACAUAACAGAGCUAACUUGAACAAGUUAAUUUAGUCUAUGUUGAAAGAGUGAAUAUUAUUAUUAUUAUUAUUUUCAGGACCUUAGAUCCCAACAUUAAAUUUUGUUGAUCUGUACAA